ACGUGAUCCAUCCCCAGCGCCGCCAUUUUGGAGCUCCGCAUGAGGAGGGGGAAAGCGGGGGAAAAGAGGGAAAAGAGCCGGGAGAGAGGUGGGCAAGGACGAGGGCGAGGGCACGGCCGGGUCCUGCCUGGCCAAACGAGGCUCGCGGAAGCAGCAGCCGCCGCCUGACCGCAGCUGGAUUUUGAAGAUUGAUCCAAGGGACUGUGUUAAUUUCAGGAAUUGAUUUGAAAGACACUGGCUCUGCCACUUAACAGCCAUGUAACCUUGGAUAUGGAAGAAAGUAGCAGUGUUGCCAUGUUGGUGCCAGAUGUUGGGGAACAGGAAGCUCUAUUGACUGCUGAAAGUAUCAUCAGUCCUUCAUUGGAAAUUGAUGAACAAAGAAAAACUAAACCAGAUCCAUUAAUCCAUGUUAUCCAGAAGUUAAGCAAGAUAGUGGAAAAUGAGAAGUCACAAAAAUGUCUUUUAAUUGGGAAGAAACGCCCACGUUCAAGUGCUGCAACACACUCUCUUGAAACACAAGAACUUUGUGAGAUUCCGGCUAAAGUAACCCAGUCACCUGCUGCUGAUACUGGAAGAGCUGAGAUGUCACAAACAAAUUUUACCCCUGACACUCUUGCCCAGAAUGAGGGGAAGGCUAUGUCUUAUCAGUGUAGCCUUUGUAAGUUUCUAUCAUCAUCUUUUUCCGUGUUAAAAGAUCAUAUUAAGCAGCAUGGUCAGCAGAAUGAAGUGAUAUUAAUGUGCUCAGAGUGCCAUAUUACGUCUAGAAGCCAGGAGGAACUUGAAGCUCAUGUGGUGAAUGACCAUGACAAUGAUGCCAAUAGCCACACCCCAUCCAAAGCCCAACAGUGCGUAAGCCCCUCCAACUCUUUAUGUCGGAAAACCACAGAAAGAAGUGAAACCAUUCCAGACAUCCCAGUAAGUGUGGACAAUCUACAGACUCAUACUGUCCAAACUGCAUCUGUGGCAGAAAUGGGUAAGAGAAAAUGGUAUGCAUACGAACAGUACGGCAUGUAUCGAUGCUUGUUUUGUAGUUAUACGUGUGGCCAGCAGAGAAUGUUGAAAACACACGCUUGGAAACAUGCUGGGGAGGUUGAUUGCUCUUAUCCAAUCUUUGAAAAUGAAAAUGAGCCCCUAGGCCUGCUGGAUUCUUCAGCAGCCACUGCGCCUGGUGGGGUUGAUGCAGUGGUCAUUGCUAUUGGAGACAGUGAACUGAGUAUCCACAAUGGGCCAUCAGUGCAAGUGCAGAUUUGCAGCUCAGAGCAGUUAUCAUCUUCAUCUCCUUUAGAACAGAGUGCAGAAAGAGGAGUACACCUAAGUCAGUCAGUUACCCUGGACCCCAAUGAGGAAGAAAUGCUGGAAGUGAUUUCUGAUGCAGAGGAGAAUCUGAUUGCUGAUAGCCUACUUACAUCAGCACAGAAAAUCAUCAGCAGCAGCCCCAAUAAAAAAGGGCAUGUUAACGUGAUAGUAGAGCGAUUGCCAAGUGCUGAAGAAACCCUUUCACAGAAGCGCUUCCUCAUGAACACUGAAAUGGAGGAAGGGAAGGACUUGAGCCCGACAGAAGCCCAGAUUAGGUGCGAAGGAACGGAUGAUGUUUAUCGUGCUGAUAAAUGUACUGUUGAUAUUGGGGGAUUGAUCAUAGGCUGGAGCAGUUCAGAGGAGAAAGAUGAGUUAAUAAAUAAAGGACUGGCCACUGAUGAGAAUGCCCCACCAGGCCGGAGAAGGACAAAUUCUGAGUCUCUUCGAUUACACUCAUUAGCUGCAGAAGCCCUUGUCACAAUGCCUAUAAGAGCUGCAGAGUUGACAAGAGCCAACCUGGGGCACUAUGGAGAUAUAAACCUUUUAGAUCCAGAUACUAGUCAAAGGCAAGUAGAUAGUACAUUGGCAGCAUACUCAAAAAUGAUGUCGCCACUUAAAAACUCUUCGGAUGGAUUAACUAGUCUUAACCAAAGCAACUCCACCUUGGUAGCACUCCCAGAGGGUAGGCAGGAAUUGUCAGAUGGGCAAGUUAAGACAGGCAUCAGCAUGUCCUUACUCACCGUCAUUGAAAAAUUGAGAGAAAGGACAGAUCAAAACGCUUCAGACGAUGACAUUUUGAAAGAGUUGCAGGACAACGCCCAGUGCCAACCCAACAGCGAUACAAGUUUGUCCGGAAACAAUGUGGUGGAAUACAUCCCGAAUGCUGAACGACCCUACCGUUGCCGCCUGUGUCAUUACACAAGUGGCAACAAGGGCUACAUCAAGCAGCACUUACGAGUCCAUCGACAGAGGCAGCCUUAUCAGUGUCCUAUCUGCGAGCACAUAGCAGACAACAGCAAAGAUUUGGAGAGCCACAUGAUCCACCACUGUAAGACAAGAAUAUACCAGUGCAAGCAGUGUGAAGAAUCCUUCCAUUAUAAGAGUCAAUUGAGGAAUCAUGAGAGAGAACAGCACAGUCUUCCAGAUACCUUGUCAAUAGCAACUUCUAAUGAGCCAAGAAUUUCCAGUGAUACAGCUGAUGGAAAAUGUGUCCAGGAAGGGAAUAAGUCUUCAGUCCAGAAACAGUAUAGAUGUGAUGUGUGUGAUUAUACAAGUACAACGUAUGUUGGUGUCAGAAACCACAGGCGAAUCCAUAACUCUGAUAAGCCGUACAGGAAAGAGUUCAGAUGCUCUCUGUGUGGGUAUGUGUGUAGCCAUCCUCCUUCUUUGAAGUCUCAUAUGUGGAAACAUGCAAGUGACCAAAAUUACAACUACGAACAAGUAAACAAGGCUAUUAACGACGCAAUUUCACAAAGUGGCAGAGUUCUGGGGAAAUCCCCUGGAAAGACUCAAUUAAAGAGCAGUGAAGAGAGUUCUGAUCCCAUCACCGGAAGUUCGGAAAAUGCGGUGUCAUCUGCAGAACUGAUUUCCCAGACUCCCACUGAAGUUCUGGGUCCCAGCGAGAAUGAAAAACUGAGCCCUACAAGUAAUACCUCAUAUAGUUUAGAAAAAAUCUCCAGUCUGGCCCCUCCUGGUAUGGAGUACUGCGUUUUACUCUUCUGCUGUUGUAUUUGUGGUUUUGAAUCAACCAGCAAAGAAAACCUCUUGGAUCAUAUGAAAGAGCACGAGGGUGAAAUUGUAAACAUCAUCCUGAAUAAGGACCACAACACAGCUCUAAACACAAAUUAGGUGGAAUAAUGACUCGAACACGAAAGCAGUAGAAGAGGAUUCCUUCACCACAGUUUCACAUUUGCGCUGUCAAACAACUUCCUAGCCACAGAAGAAAUCAUUGAUGUGAUUUUCAAGAAAAUGACAGAUGUGACUUUGGAACCAAACUUGUAAUAAAAGGAAUUCCAAAUGGACAAGCAGUAAUGAUAUUUAAAUAUUUUGAGUGAGGGGGAGUGGGUCGAAGAGGAAGCAGAGGUGUAAUCCUGUAUUAACCCUCUGUCACCCCUUCGUAGUGUUGAGUGUAUUUAUUAAAGCUUAUUAGAGGGUAGAAAUGCAAGCAAAAGAAUUAAGAAAGGGCUUUUCAGGAACUAUUCUAAAAGUCAUAAAAAGGUCACAGUCUUAAGCAGAGCUUAGUUUUCUUCUCACUUCUCAAAUGCAGACUGUGAGGCCUCCAGUGAGAAAUGGGAGGCAUUUCUGGGAGGGGUUUUUUCAGUGUCACCAACAGAGUCAACAAGGAAACAAUUAGAGGGCUUUGAAAUGAUCUACUGAAAUCCCUAAAUUGAUAGAAAUUCAUCAUACUCAAUCUAGGACAUGUUUUAAGGAGUAACCUUAAAAAAGAAAAGACCUCUCAAUUCAAAACUAGAUUGUAAAUAGGCAUUCAAGAAGUGUUGUCUUAAAUUUACAAUGAAUUUCUUGUGAGCCGAGGACGAAACAGGUGAAUUCCCACCAGACUCAAACCAGAUCUCAGUUCAUAGUAAUGCUAAAUCGUCUUGCGUGUCCUCAGAGGUUCUUUUCAGUGUCUGUUAGAAUUUGGCAUACUUUCUCCAUAGUACAUAGACCUUCUAAUACUCUCUGCUAAAUGAGACCACACUUGUUAUCUGAAAGUGUAAAAGAAACAGUGUAUGAAAAUUUACAUUUGAUCAUCCUGCACUGGAAAUAGUUGAAACUAUUUCCAAAAAUCCCUUAGGGGAUGAGGGGUGAAAUUUAGAAGCUGCUGAAAAUGAGUACUGCUGUGUUGAGCUUUUCCUUCCUGGGAUAUAUUAAUUUAGUUAUAUUUAGCAGAAGAGGAAUAUAACCAAAUGUGACUAAAAUUAAUAGCAGAAAUUCAGGUUGUUUGUAAAAAUUUUAAUAACAAAUAGCAUUUGGCAAGUCUAUAGGAUUCCUCCUAUCUGGGAAAUUCUAUUUUGUUAAGAGUGUGACAGGACAUAUGGAAAACCAAUGCAAAGUGCUUAAGCAUUAAAACUUACCAUCAAAUAGAUGUAGUCUUAUUAAUUACACAUUUUGUGAUUUAAUUAUUUCAAGGAGUGAAGAAAACAGGGUGUUUUUGUUUUUGUAGUUCUGAUUACUCAUUUAUGCAUUGUUUUGUUAAAGUAAAUUCUGCCUACAAGUGAAAAGGUCGGUGCGCUCUUCCGUGCACCAUCCUCAUGGUGCUAUUUCCGAAUAUCUGAAUAUUGAUUUCUAACACCUGAGAUGAGGCUGUGACCGAUCAACUUGGAACACUGUGAAGGUUUUCGAAUGGGAUAUGCUGUAGGCACAUUUUAGGAAGAAUUCUGUUCCCAAAGUCCAGGUAUGAUUGGAUUAAUAUUUAUAAAAUUAUUACUAGGAAUUAAAGUGGGGCCAGGCAUCUUGCAACAUUUUCUGAUUUGUUGGUUUUUUUUUUUCUUUCUAAUCUCAUUUUGGUGAUAUUUAAGCAAACAUAAAUGAUUGUAACUUUGCAGCCUUUUUAUUUAGGUAGCUUUAAUUUAUUUAUGAAAGUUAAUCCAUUUCUGAUACAUGGUUUUUAAAAAUAUGAAAUGGAUUUAUAUAUACUGUAUUCCUCAAAUCCACUGAAUGUGGACUUAUAUGCAUUUUCUCCUUUUUUCAGAAUGGAAACAUUUUAAUUUCAAAUUCAAAUAAAACAUUUAAAAUGACUUCAUUAUUAUUACCCAUACUGUUGCCACUCAUAUUGUAAGUCAGUUUUUUCAUUGCUGGUACAAUGACUCAGUAUUUCUUUAUAAAAAUAUGUUGUUCUGAAAAUCAACAACCUUAGAAGAAUUUUGUUUUAUAAUAUUUCCUUGGCUUUAGUUUUAUGUCAUUUUUAGAAAAUAAUAAUAAGCAUGCCCAAAAUUUCAAAGAUGUGAAUUUUUAAAUUACCUUUCUUUAUUUCUUUAAACUAAUUCCAUUGAUUGUUACUUAAAUUUUCCACUUGGAAUCAUGGAUUUAAAAUUUCCCCACCUCAUGGGGAAAAAACUAACCCAGAAGUUCAAAGCCUCUAAAGUUUCGUUUGAUUCUGGCCUUAGAAUUGUCCUUAAAAGCUUUCUCCUGGCCCAUAGGAGGAAGCAUAUAUCAAGGAGGUUCUUUACCUUCCCAUUAUCAUUUUGUGGCAAGCCUUAAGUUAACAAUGUGUCUACCAAGAACAAUUGAGUUUUCUAAAAGUGAUAAUGAAGAUUAUGCAAUUAUAAUUGUAGCAGAGAUAGCUAUUAAAAUAAUCAGUAGCCUGGGCACAGCAGCUCACACCUGUAAUCCCAAUACUUUAGAAGGCCAAGGCUGGAGGACUGCUUGAGUCCAGAAGUUUAAGACCAGCCUGGGCAACAAGGGGAGACCCCGUCUCUACAACAAAUUAAAAAUUAGCCAGGCAUAGUUAGUUGGCAUGUGCCUGUACCCCAGCUACUCAGGAGGCUAAGGUAGGAGGAUCACUUGAGCCUGGGAGAUAGAGGCUUCCAGUGAGCCGUGAUGGCACCAUUGCACUCCAACUGGGGUAACAGAUGAGGUCCUGUUACCCACCACCGCCCCCGCCCCCCCGCAAAAAAAAAAUUCAGUAGCAAUUCCUUCAUAGGAAUAACAUUUUAUUUAUUGGUAUUAGACUUAUUAGACAGAGCUCACAGUAUUUGCUUUCUCUUCUGAACACUUAAAAAAUUCUAAGAUGUGAUAGUGAAAAUAGCUUUGAAAAGAAACUGCAUAUGGCAGAGGUGGGGAGGGGGGAAGAUGAUGCAUUCUGAUCAUUAUAAAGAAUACUUUUCAGGGCUCUAUCAUUUUCUCCCUUUCUCUAAUCAUCCAGAAUACGGCAGGUGUCCCAGUGUUCAACAGUAUCAUGCUAAUAUUCCAUUUAAUCGGUAGUCCAAGUUCUUUGGCCAGAUAGUGCAAUGUUGUGACACCAACCGAAGCCUUUGUUCUGGAUCUUUCUUCUAUUGAAGGUGGCUGCUGGUGGCUUCAUAAUUAUUUUCUGUUUUUUUCUCACAAAGUAAAUGGUGGGCAUCCAUGUUUACAUUGCACCUUCCUGUGCUGUAAUUGGCUUGACAAAGACAAGCAGGCUUCUCUGUUGAGACUUACUGUGUUUUUAGUUUUCAUAGACACUUAUUUAAUCUUUUUAAAUUGUACAGCAAGGUGCUCUAAGUAAUAUUCGAUAAAAUAUAUUUAAUAGAAAUUUGCGUUUGAUAUUCAUGAACAUGAAUACAUGUAUUUUUUUAAGAAAUAAGUAUUGUGUAACACUAUGGCAUUGCUUCUAUAGCCAAAGUAUAAAAAUUUCUGGAAUACUGACAUGUAAAGACUACAGUUAAUUCUGACACUGUAUCUUAUUAAAAUAGGAUGAUUUGCAUUUUGUAAAAUUAUCCUGCACAUCGAGCUGCAUGCCUUAAAGCUGAAACUCUAGGACUGUGUUCAUGGGAGAACAGUUCAUCUGUUCAGAACAGUGAGGCAAGGUCUGUAGUGCUUCUUUAACUACCUUUGGAAAUACUGUACAAUGUUAGAAUAAUUUAUUUUGCUUUACAGGAGUUUGUCAUGUAUUGACUUUAAUAUUGUAUUUUGGUAAUAAAUUUUUUGUUAAAAAAA